AUGAGUGAGUCUGCAACAAUGACAACCCCGUUAAUGUUCCUGUUAAAACUAGCAUGGGACUGUAGGUACAGGUUGCCCCUUUUAAUAACAGUAGGGUUUAUGGUUUUGGAUGUCAGGAUGCAACUGGACAUUAACGUGCAAAUGCACGAAAUUCACAGGCAAGAGGCGCCCCCUAUAAUCCCUGCUGACGUCAUGGUGGACAACUUAAGUGACAGUUCUUGGACUACGUUCGAAGAGCAAGAGAUUGAUUUACAAGACGAAUAG